AUAAAAACAGUUUCUUUUUCCAAGUCAAGCCCGUGGAGCGGACCAACUGCCUGCCUGCAUCGGAGUUUCGUCGGAGAAGAGAGAGGAAGCUUGUCGGCGGCGGCGGGCGCGAGGCGGAGAUGGACGAGGGGAAGAAGAAGUGGGUGGCGUGGGCGGCGGCGGCGGCCAUCUUCGUCGUGCUCAUGCUCGUCACGCCCGCCAUCCCGCAGGACGAGGACUACCACGACUUCGCCGACCAGCGAUCCCUCUUCCUCGGGAUCCCUAACACGCUGAACGUAAUCUCAAACAUCCCUUUCCUCUUUGUCGGCCUCGCCGGGCUCAUCUUGUGCCACUACAAGAACUACUUCAGGCUAUGCUCACAGGGGGAGCUCUGGAGUUGGACGCUCUUCUUCGCUGGUGUCACGGCUGUCGGUGUUGGAUCAACCUACUACCAUCUCAACCCGGACAAUGCCACACUAGUUUGGGACAGAUUGCCGAUGACGAUUGCCUUCACAUCUAUUGUGGCCAUUUUCAUUAUUGAAAGGAUUGAUGUAAGGGCGGGAACAAAGUCCCUGGCACCCCUUGUUAUCGCUGGUGCACUCAGCAUCCUGUACUGGAGCUUCUUUGAUGAUCUUCGCCCAUAUGCAGUAAUUCAGUUUGUUCCAUGCAUUGUAAUACCUGUGAUGGCUAUAGUUAUUCCUCCAAUGUAUACGCAUUCAAGCUACUGGCUGUGGGCAGCAGCGUUUUAUCUACUUGCCAAAGUAGAAGAGGCUGCGGACAAACCUAUCUAUAGGUGGACACAUGAGACUGUUAGUGGCCAUACUCUGAAGCAUCUUUGUGCUGCAAUGGUACCUGUUUUCUUGACUCUCAUGCUAGCAAAAAGGACAAUUGAACCAGAAAGAGUAAGUUUACUCCAGAUGUGGAAGGUCAGUUGGGUUAGUAUGAGAGAGCGUCGUUCCAGCGAUGGCAACACUGUAAAAGUUGAAUACGAUUAUUCUGCAGUUUCAACUACGCCUGAACAGUAGAUAUAUGUAUAUUUCAUGCAUACUUGCGAGGAAUAAAAAUGGUGUCGAUCUGAAUAU